UUUGGUGGCUCAUAUAACGAGGUCAAGGCCAUUCCCUUUUCCGUUGAGGUCCUCCCCCCUCUUUUUUUAGCCUCGUUCAACUCAUAUUUUAGCCUUCCACGUUCCGCCCUUUCUUAGAGAGAGAGAUAUAGAUAUAUAUACGAAGGUUAGAAUAUGCGUGAGCCAUCUUUUUUGCAUUAAGGAGGUGGCAUUCAAUCACUGAACCUCUCUUUGACACUUUUCAGCAACUCAGAUUCACUUCUUUUCUACACUGCCAACUAUUCAAUUUUUUCAGCCUCUUUCUUUCUGUUAAGUCACUGCUCUCUCUCUCGCUCUCUCUUUCUCUAUAGUCUAUACUUUACAAUUACCCCUUCUAAAGGCUUUGCUCGCUCACUUUCUCUCGGAUAAAAUGGGCGUCUCUCAAAAUUCUGUAUGUUUCCGCAGAAACAGACACCUGGUUAUUUACUUGCUCUUCCUCUUGGUUUUAAGCUUGACCCAAGUCAGGUUCAUGGCUGAAGGUAGAGCAAUAUCCAAGCUAACGGAGGCUGCUGCCCAGAAACAAAUGGCAGAGGAUAAGGUGGUAGUUAGCAGGAGCAUGAUAGGGUCAAGCCCGCCAAAAUGUGAGAGAAGGUGCAGCUCUUGUAAGCACUGUGAGGCAAUUCAGGUCCCGGUGAGAACCCGAGCACAAGCCCAUGGAAGUCGCUUCUCUGCAGUUUCAUACUAUAGAGGUGAUGACAUCUCUAACUACAAGCCCAUGAGUUGGAAGUGCAAGUGCGACAACUUGAUUUUCAAUCCUUGAUACAAGGAACUGUUUUACUUAAAGAGGUUCCAGAUAUGGAGCUUUUGUGUAUCUCUGACUUCAAUUGUAUACUUUCUUGUAUGUAUGAGUUAACUUUGAUUUCCCCUGUAUAAGAGUCUUGUA